AUGUCUUGGUGGUUUGUGUUUGACUGGCCCGAUACGGCUACUUUCCUGGCCGAAGAAGAGCGCCUACGAGUACAACACCGCCUCGCCCAGGACAACCUAUUCCAGACCGGCAAGGAUCACGACAAACGCCACGUCAUAGAAGCAUUGAAAGACUGGAAGUGCUGGGCGUACAGUGUCACCGAGGCAGGCAGUUUCAUGGUCAUAUAUGCCUUCAGCCUGUUUCUGCCCACGAUCUUGGGCGGCAUGGGGUAUUCAGGCACGCAUGCUCAGCUCCUGACUGUCCCACCCUACGCGGUCGCGGCUGUAAUGACGGUCGUGGUGAACUGGAUAGCAGAUCACACGCAGCAGCGAGGGAUCUGUACUAUGACGAUUGUCGCCUUCGCUAUUGUGGGCUUCGCUAUGCUCCUUGCGAGCGAUAAAUCCGCAUGUCCAGCGGGAACAUUCUUCGGCGCAAUGGGAAUCUACCCAACCAUUCCCAACGAUCUCUCUUGGGCGGCCAAUAACGUCGAAGGCUCAUAUAAACGAGGUGUACUGCUUGGGAUUGUUGUUGGAGCUGGGAACAUCAAUGGCAUCGUAUCUUCCAACAUCUACAUCCAAUCUGAGAAGCCACGCUACAGGACCGGUCACAGCGUUGUACUGGCAUAUCUCAUCCUGUUUCAGUUCUGUGGCACGCUGUUCAUUCGAACGAAGCUGGCGCGGGAGAACAAGAAGCGCAGGAAUGGCGAGCGGGACUACUUGUUGGAAGGGAAGACGGAGGAUGAGAUUGUGGUGGCCGGGGACAAGAGGCCUGAUUUCAUGUAUACACUUUAG